GGAAGUGCCGCCAAAAAAACGCAGUUGUUUCAAAACAUGUCCAAACAUGAAGGCGAGAUCACUGAACAGCUGAGCGAUUUUCUCUGUCUGAUCAUUCCCAUUUUCAGGAAAGAGAUUAGUCACUGAACCUCUAUUGAUAAUGCCAAGUAGCCGGAGGAGAAGAACAUAAACAUGGACACUUUUCGGCAUCAUUGUUAGCCUUUACAACCUUAUUGAGGACAGCUGAAGUCUUGUUUGAUCGGUCUUUGCCCUGACAUGUUACUGCUUCGUCAGUAAAACCCACUCUUCAGGAUGGAGAACGGAGUCCCAUCCAAAGAGGGUUUCCUCUCCAGGAUGGCCCUCAACGACAACAAGGCUGGUAUGGAAGGUCUGGACAGAGACAAGAUUAACAAGAUCAUCAUGGAGUCAUCCAAGGUAGAUACUAACUAUUAAAAGACUCUUGUUAUCAUAGUUUGGUAUAAAAUACAAAGUACCCCUCUAAAAGAAAUACUUUUUAGGUCAAAACUCUUCCAAGGCUUACAAUAUGCGUUCAUAAUUUUAGCAUCACAUGCAAUAUUAUCCAUUAAAUUAUCUAAGUCUGCCAGAUGCCCAUAUAGGGGAGACCGGGACUUGUUGUCACAUGGAUAGUUGUUACAUUGUAAUUAUCUUUGCCACCAGAGGGCGCAACUAAAAAGUGGAAUACUAGUUUUCUUCCUUUACGUGGUAAGGGGACGUGUCUCGUCUGAGAAGAGAAGAGCACAUUGUGAGCUGAGAUAGAAUAGAAUAGAAUAGAAUAUUCCUUUAUUGAUCCCCCAUGGGGGAAAUUUUUUUGUCACAGCAGCAUCACAGACAAGACAGAAAGUGCAAAAUGCAGUUAUAACAAUAAGGGUCCUAAUAUUAAGAACUUAAUAAAUGUAAUAAUUAAGAAAAAAAAAUUGAAAAGAGAAAAGGGAGAAGAAAAAAUAAAGCUUUCUGCAAUAUACACAAUUUAAAUGCCAUAAAAAAAGUGGUGGUGUAAAUCCAGUUUUGUUACUGUUCAUUGUAAAGUCUUAUUGCAGAGGGGAGGAAUGAUCUGCGGUAGCGCUCCGUCCUGCAGGGUGGGAGUCUCAGUCUGCUGCUGAAGGAGCUGCCUAAAGCCCCCACAGUCUGGUGCAGUGGGUGAGAGGGAUUGUCCAUGAUGGAUAUAAGCUUUGUUAACAUCCUCCUCUCACCCACCUCCUCCAGGGAGUCCAAAGAGCAGUCCAGGACAGAACCGGCCCUCCUGACCAGUCUAUUCAGUCUCUUCCUGUCCCUCUCGGUGCUCCCUGCCCCCCAGCAGACCACUGCAUAGAAAAGUGCAGAUGCUACCACAGAGUCAUAGAAAGUCCUGAGCAGAGUCCUGCACACUCCAAAGGACCUCAGUCUCCUCAGCAGGUGGAGACGACUUUGGCCCUUCUUGUACAGAACGUCUGUGUUUGUUGACCAGUCCAGUUUGUUGUUGAGGUGGACACCCAGGAAUCUGUAGGACUCCACCAUCUCGAUGUCCAGACCCUGUAUGUUCACUGGAACUGUUUGAGGUGUCCCCCUCCUGCGGAAAUCCACAACCAUCUCCUUUGUCUUACUGGCGUUGAGCUGGAGGUGGUUUGUGCCACACCAGUUGACAAAGUCAGUGAUGACAGAUGAGAGAUGAGCGCCAAUUAACCAUUUUGCACAAUCCAACGUUAAAAAUUAACUUUAUAUAUUUUAAAAUAAGCUAUUUCCUGGUGAGCUUUCCAACCAAUUACUCGACUCCUGGGCUGAAGCUUGAUGAUUGUGCUUCAUUUGCUCUAUUGUGCCAUCAAGUGGACAAUAAAUGUAUAACAGGCAGAAUGAUAAACCAAAGACACCCCGAGGCUUUGGUGCGCGAAGCUUUGAAUUGAAUGAAUGAAUGGAUGUGAUGCCAUGUGUUUGUGAUACAAUACAGAAAUGAUGAAGUUAUUUACAUGGUGUCUGUCUUUAAGACACAGCUGCAGUGUCAAAAAGGGGAAGAGGACAUAAAUUAUGGAGAGGGUUGUGAUGUGAAUGUGUUACUUAGUUUGUUGUUCGUACUUUUGUUACGGGGACAACAUAUAAAAUGUAAACAUUUCAUUUAUUUUUAUUUAAAAACAACUUUUCAUCAAGUCUCGAGUCUAUGGAUUGUGAGUGGGGGAGGACUCCAUUGCGUUUCACUGCCUGUUAAAUCAUCCGCCAAACCCGCAAACCGUUUCUUGAAUCAGUCACGUGGUACAGCAGGGUAGCGAGGCUUCGGAUGUCAUAAUUUUUGACUCCUCCCCUACAUGAAGCAAGCCUCGAUACGUGCUGCGGAAAUGCCCCCUUCAUUACUCGACACACGCUUCGAAGCCUUGGCACUGAAGGACACAUCACUACUAUUUCCAGAUAAAAAUCCUAGCAGUGAUGCAUGUGGACUUGUUAAAGGAGAGUUUAAGGCAUCCUUUCAUGCCUCAGUCAUUGUUCUGUUUUAAGCUAACUUUAAGCAAAUUAGUUAAUUAGCAAACAUAGUAUUUUGGGGCAAAAUGUCUCAGUCAUCAUGGUCAGGAAUUUUAAAAGAAAAACAGAACAUGGCAGUGCAGUGCCUGAAGUGAUGCUGGGGGCAGUCAGGCAGGUGACCCGAGCUAAUAAGUCAAUCUGGAGUACAAUAAAGGACUUUAAUGUCAGCUACCAUACCUUGACUCGGUACUGCAAAACGUUUGUUCAGUGGCUAUGUUCAAUGACUUUUCCUAGCCCAAUGAUAAACAUUUUCUGCGCCUGACUUUGAUGUUCACUUUCAUGUAAAAAUAUGAGAACAACAAUAAUUUUGUCCUUGUUUUAUUAGCUGCAAAAUCAACUGUGACAUCUUACCCCAUAUAGUGAGACAACUUACCUGAUGGUGGGGCAAUAUGUCACAUGUUCACACUCUAUUAGAUUGUUUAUAACUCUGCACUGACACAAGAUAUGAAAAUGACAUGAAUACGAAAUGAUUGGUCUUUUAUCGAGCACACAUUUUGUUCAUAUUUGAUGUAUUGAUUUCAACAAAUAUAUAAGAGUGUAAAAAGUGCCCCGGUCUCCCCUACUGUGAGUAUAUGUAAAGAAAAUUUGUUUGUUUGUUUUUUUAUUUACUCAACUGUCACAUUGUUUCAUUGUUUAAGUAUGUUUUUUCUUUUUGUCUUUGAUUAAGCUAUUUCACCAUGACUGUCAUAUUAACAGAACAUCUUUAUAUUGUGACCAGUAUGGCUCAAACAAUUUCAAAACAGCUUCUCAUUCUGGUGGCACUGGUCAAUCAAGCUGACACGAAAAGGAGGUUUUGAAAUAUGAAUGAUAUGUUCUGGGAUUCUUACUACAUUUGGACCAUAGACUGUUUAUAGAAUAUACAGUAUAUAUAGUUUAUCCAAUCUAUGAUUUGGACACAUACAAUAGAGUUCUGUUGUACCAUGAAACUGCUGCAACGAUUGCACUCCAAGUUUAGAGAAUGUUGAGACUGUUUUGAAACAUGCGCCAAAAUGAUUAAUGAAAACUGUAACAAAGAUAGGUGACGUUAUUGGAAAGGACAAGGCUGUACAGUGUGUCGGACAAUUAGAUUUGUAAGGUUCUCUUUAACUGUGUCCAGCCUUGUGUGAAAGUCCCACACCCUCAGUGUUACAGAUCUGAAAUAAAUGUACUAAUGUAGCUUUCUCAUUAUAGCUAUGGUAUAUGACUCUCCAGUGUCCCUGUCUGUUCUCUGCAGGGUUCUAAGUUUUAUGAGAAUGAGCUGAAGAGAGAGCAGCAGGUGAAUCAGCGCAUUGAGAAAAUGAUGCUCCAAAAGGCACAGAUCACGGAACAAGAGUUAAAAAAAGCCAGCGCUCAAGUGAGGCACUUUGAUUUGUCUUUAUAAAUUCUUUGUAGAGGCCACUCAUACACAUAUUUAUUAAAGAGGAGUAGCUAAAAACUAAUUAUGAUGCAACCUACAUCUUUGUUUAUAGGUCGAGAGGAUGGCUGCAGAGCUGGAGAGGAGUCGUGAUCUGAGUCGUGUGAUUGUGCAUGUGGACAUGGAUGCUUUCUAUGCUGCUGUGGAAAUGAGGGACUGUCCAGAGCUUAAGGACAAGCCAAUGGCUGUAGGAGCCAUGAGCAUGCUGGUGGGUUAAAAUAUCAUGUAUAAGGUCAUAAUAAGGACAGAGUUGUCUCAGAUAAAUUAUUCAUGCACCACCUCUGUGUGACAAAGUGCAGGGGUGCCUACAAAUGGUUAGGCUAGCAUAUCAUUAUACAUUUUUUAACAUGGUUCUUGUGGUAUAAUGUAACAAUACUACACUGUUUGAUACUUUUAUUACACUUUAUAUAAAAUAUGAUAGGGAUUUCACCUAGUGCCCAUGUAACUCAGAAGUAUUUAAAUGGAUUUUGUUUUGGAACCAAUGUAAAAUAAUUUUAUUGAAACACCUCUCUUUGUUUCAGUCCACAUCUAACUACCAUGCUAGGAAGUACGGUGUCCGAGCUGCCAUGCCUGGCUUCAUUGCAAAAAAACUCUGCCCAAACUUAGUCAUCGUCCCAACCAACUUUGAUAAAUACAGAGCUGUCAGUAAGGAGGUAAGAUUAUUGAAAAAAAUACACUGACAAGAAAUACUUGCUACUCAGUAAAAUUAUUUAUAUACAGCCUUUUAGUAACUUCUUGCUAAAAACUAACAGGUGCUCAUGAAUUUUUAUCUCCCUGUUAGAUCCGGGAGAUUUUUGCAGACUAUGAUCCUCACUUUCAGCCAGUGAGCCUGGAUGAAGCCUAUCUGGAUUUUACAGAGCACCUGGAACAAAGACAAAGUUGGCCCGAAUCCGCAAGAGCACAUCGGUACCGGUCAAUCUGCACUACUGCAGGUCGGACAUAAUUAUACCAAAAUGUAUUGUUUAUUUUUCUAUUUAAGUUGGAACUUUUGCCACAUGAGCUGAAGACAUGAUAACAUGGCAGGCAACAUUUUUUUCCAUCUGAUGAAUUGAUCAGUGCCUUAUGCUAGAAAUCCAUCUCACUGUGGUUUAAAUGUUCUUUCUUUUUUAAUGUCAAGGUAAAGAGCAUGAUGAGCUUGCUCAGCAGGAAAUGCAGGAGACAAGAGACUUCUCUCCAGUCCUGUUUGAGGACAGCCCUGGCUCCUCAACAGAUUCGGAUGGUGUCAACACUACCGGUGGUCCAUUUGAGGUGUUUGGAAAGUCAGUUGAGGAAGCUGUGAGAGAGAUGCGCUUUCGCAUUGAGCAGAGGACCACGCUGACAGCCAGUGCAGGUGAGGGAAAAAAAAUCUUGUACAAUGACAAAAGCGCCAUAGUUUCGACUCUUUUCGACUCUUCUUUUAAUAACUUCCAACAUCUCACUUUUCACUCAAGUUUUAUGAAUGAAUGAACAUAUCUGGAAUAGAAUUUUGUGUUUCACUGUCCUGUGCCAUAAGCCACGUGUGACACUCCAUUCCCCCUUGCCCUCUUGACUAUUGUCUUGUUAGAUAUAUUAAAAUUGAGAAACAUAAAGAAAACAAAAAGCUUCUUGCACAUUUUGUUUGGAAUGAUGAGCAAUAUUGUUUAUGUUUUACCAGCUGCUCAGUUUUAAACAGUUUAUUCACUCCUUUAGGAAUUGCUCCAAACACAAUGCUUGCCAAGGUGUGCAGUGACAAGAACAAGCCCAAUGGACAGUACAGACUCCAGCCAACCAGAGAGGCCGUCAUGGACUUCACUAAGAAUCUACCUGUUCGCAAAGUACCGUCCCCAUCGUUCAAACUAAAAUAUGAACACAGCCUUGUGGUGCAGCUGGUGAUGAAGAAGACUGGAAAUAGACAGGGUGAUGAAGAAAUCAAAAUGACUAUCUAAAGACAGACAAAUAUGUGUUUUUGUUUGUGUCAUUCAAGGUUUCUGGUAUAGGGAAGGUGAGUGAGAAGAUGCUGAACGCUUUAGGUGUCACAACCUGUUCUGAUCUCAGCCAGCAGAUGGGGCUGUUGUCACUGUUGUUCUCGGAGACAUCCUGGCAUCACUUUCUGCAGGUCUCCCUAGGUCUGGGCUCAACAUACAUACCCAGGUAAGUCAUGACCUGCUCAGUAAGAUUUAAUACAACUGGUUGGAAAAAUAAGAAUGAGAAAGGAGGUAAGAUUUUGUUCUGUAUCCCUUCAUACAGGCAUGAAGAAAGGAAAAGCAUGAGCACAGAGAGGUAUGACACAUAUUGACACUGACAUGAUUGAAUUAACUUAUUCUGAUGUUAAUUUCAUAACUUUCCCCCAUUUCCUGUUUGUUUCCCUCUUUUCUAACAUGUUAUCUUGACAGGACAUUUAAAGAGCUGAGUAAGACAGAAGAGCAGUUGUCUCUAUGCAGGGAGCUCUGUGAGGACUUAGCAGCAGACAUGAAGAAAGAGGAUCUUAAGGUACAAACAUCAAUGAUCUAUGUGCAUAUCUUAUAAGCCAAUAGGUGACAACCCAAUUUUACUACCCAUACACAGCACAACAAGAACUAGGGAUAUUUGGGCCAAAAGAGAUAAAAGCACAAAAUGUACCAAAAAGGCUUUAACUGGUUAAAAGACAUAGAAACAACAUCUUUUUCUUGUCUCCCAAGAAUCACCCUGACUCAAAACUAAAUCUCAUACAAUUACCCCGAGUGGUUCAUUCCGUUUCAAAUCGAUAGAAAAAGGGCUGGAAGUCUUGGCAUGACCAUCACCCCCCUGCCUGGGUCCUGAUGUGGCCUUGAUAGCUGGAGGAAAUGGAGGGCCAUUAAGGUGACAGCAGGGGCUACUAUCAGCCUUGGAAAUGUCUCCCUGGGAGAUGAUCACAUUACUAUGAAAGCUCUUUGAGGCAUGCUUUUCAUAAAAUGCAUUCUGACAAAUCAAUCAGUGAUGUGACAGAUAAUACAGAUUUCCACCUCCUGUCUAUUUAUGGCUCCUCAAUGCAGUUAUGGAUUAUUUUGGUAACUGCAAGAUUGCUGGACGAAAGAAAAAUCUGUUUUUUUCCCCUUUAAUGUUAAUUCAACCUCAUUUGUCCUUUCCCUUUAGGGUAAAACAGUUACACUGAAGCUUAAAAAUGUGAACUUUGAAGUGAAAACCAGGGCAACGACAAUGCCAUAUGCUGUUGCCACAGUGGAUGAGAUCUUUGCUGUUGCUAAGGACCUUCUGAAAACAGAAAUAGACAACGAAAGCCCCCAGCCACUCAGACUGAGGCUCAUGGGUAAUUAGAUAUUGCAAUAUAACUGACAUACUUGCUUGAAAUAGAUCUAAAUGAUCUGUGACACACUGCAUGUGAAAACACGAACAUAAAAAAGAUAUUGUUCAUUUAAUUUCCCUCUCUUUUCCUUCCUCUCGCUCUUUUUCUCUCUGUGUGUCUCAAAAUGUUGCACUUGUAGGUGUGAGGAUCUCUGCCUUUGUCAAUGCAGAUGAUAAAAAGCCCCUGCAGAAGAGCAUCCUUGGCUUUCUUCAGCCAGGCAAGGUGGACUCCAGCAGCUCCAUCCAAGGAAUGAGUCAAAAGUUUAAAGAAAAGCAUAUCUCAGACCACCCCCUCCAAAUCCAAACACAUGCUUCUCAAUCCUUGAUGCAGAAGGGCCAAGGACAGCAGGAAGCUCCUGUGUGGAACAAGCAGAGUGUGUCAGGAAGAAGUCAAAUCAGCAAUGAACCCAAACAUUCUUUCUUCCAAAGGGCUCAAGCGAGAAGACUGGAAACUCAGACAGUGAAUGCAAACCAACCAAAGGAAGACGAUGAGAAAAAUGCUCCUGUGCUCACUUCCACAGACACUCCCACUCUUGUGGUUGGAGAGUCAUCAACAGCUGCACAUGAGAAGAUCUCUGCAGCCUCUGAUCUCCCAGAAUAUAGCCACAUUUCUCCAAUAGAGGCUCAUGCAUCCACCUCAGGCUAUGGUGGCAAAAUGUCAGAGAGUCUCACCUGUCCUGUGUGUUUCAAGAAAGUGGAGACAACAGAUUUAAGCGUCUUUAACAGACACAUAGACCAGUGCCUCCAUGAUUCCUCUAGUAAACGAAACCAAUGUACGGUUUCUGACUCAGACUCAGAUCUGGACUUGCAGAGUGACCAAAAAGAAAGUGAAGUUGCGGAAAAAUGGAGCAGGGAGUGUGUGACUGAAGAUGAAGAAGACAGCAAAAUAUUGGAGUCGAACAGAGAUAAACAAGACAGCAUAAAAAAGGAUUCUUUUCAGACUGCUUUGUUGAUUAAUGGCAACAUCAAAACUGUGACCUUGCAACAGCCUCAGACAUGUAACGAUUACAGCAAUGCACUCAUCUGCCCAGUAUGUCAGCUGACCCAAGAUAGUGAUGAUCUCAUUAUCUUCAACCGCCAUGUUGACCUCUGCCUGAACCAGCAGGUUCUGCAUGAGCUGAAGGGGCGGACUUCCUCUCCUUUAAAUCCACCUUCAGUUACUAACAGCAAGGCUGCAGGUGAGAACAUGUUUGAUAAAAUCAGUCUGGUUAAAACUUCAUUAUAAAACAGAGCUUAAACGCAUAUUUUGCCAAAAUAUAACCAUAAAUAAUUCAUUUUUCCAACCACUCAGGCGCAGCAGGAAUAAGUUGAGAACACAACAUUUAAAUGCGCCUUUUAUUCAUUACUUAGUCCUUGCCUUUUUGGCCGUAGGUACAGUAGGAUUAUGGAUAAAGUGGAGGGGGCGGCAGAUUCUGGUGAUCAGUUUCUGUAAGUCUGUCAUUAUAAGAGCCUCUGUCUCUUGUCAUUUUGUCUUAAAGUGUCCUCCAAUGCUUUUUUGUUAUAAAUUCAUAGAUUCACACAUCUUCGAUUAAGAUUAAAAUCCACAAUUUUGUUCCUCGUGUCUCUCCAAGACAGUAGGAUGUCAUCAUAGACAUAAACUCUCUACUGUAUAUCUGCAGAUGACCUAUAUGUUCCCUUUAGCUACGUCGUGAAGGGUGGUGGUGUAACAUCUUUGGAGUUGACAGAUGGAAUGCCUAUUUGGAAGAUGUCGUUGACCUCUGACCUUGUUAUUCAGUGCCCAUGACACUGUGAGAGGAGUUGCUAUCGAUUCCUACAGAGAAAAGGAAUCUCAUUUCAGCCCCCGGGGCUUCCUUUGCCCUGGGGUUGGAAAUGGCUAAAUCACUUUCUCACCUAUUCAUUUCUUACAAUGGACUGCACCCUGGUUUCCUCUUAAACAAGCCUGCCUCAGAAAUUGGACUCUUUGUACCCCUUAAGAGGUGCAGCAGUUGUGUGCCUCCUCAGUGGAUGUCAUCUUUUCUAUCAGAAAAGAGGUAACAGUGGAGUUUUUUCCUCUUUGUCAUGAGUGUCUGUUUCUGCUCACAGGUAGAGGCCGUCUUCUGCCAACACAGGCAAAUAAAGGCAAAACUAAAAGGUAAGAUAUCUGCAUUAGAGAGAGUGGAUGCAUGUUUUGUGUUCUCCAAGCAGCAAUGAUUUACAGCCGUGUCAGAAAGUGAUGUUUUCAUUAAUAGAUACUGUGUGUGUUGUGAUCAUGACUUUUAGACGGGAUACUCCUUCCUCUCCUCCAUCUAAAAAGACUAAAGGCCCAGGUCCUCUCAACACUAUUGACAAGUUCUUCAGGUGACGGUCAAACAUGCGGUGUGUUUGUCUUUAUCUGAAGGAACCUUGAAUGCUAAAUGAAGAUCAUUUCUAUCUUCCUUUUUUCUUCUGACUGGUUUUUGCCACCCCAUGGAGUCUCCUGAUAGUCACAUAAAAGUGGUCUACAUCUUGUCAAAUUUGUCAGUUUCAUGUCAAGCUAAAAGUGUUUGCACUGAUAUACCAUAUUGAAUGUUUCAUAAGCCAUAUGACAGACAAAAAACAAAAAAAUGACAAAGAUAAAUCCUGUAUUUAUUCUGGCAAAUUAAUUUUAUGAUCUUUUUAUUCUUCUUUCAGGGAUUCAUUUUCCAUUUUUUUCUUGCUACUUUAGGAUAGGCCUGAUAUUUUUAAGAUAAAAGUAUACUAUGACUUACUGAAGGGUACUGUGUUUGUUUUUAAAAUGAUUGAAUUUAAAUAUUUUCAGUCACUUCUAGUUGUAUUUAUGACCGUACAUUUGCACUAUUAUGCUGUUUAAUAACGAAGAUAAGAGAACAAUUCUAUUAUGUACGUCAAAUUAAAAUAAAAAACUAUUUUUCUGCAUUUCUA